AUGGCCGAAUCGACAAUUGUUCUUCGAAGUCCCGUUAAACCUGUAACAUCAUCAAUUCGAUGUUCAUCACCAAAUACAUCAUUAAAUUCACCUACACAUAAUGGUACUGUUAUUAUUCUCAAAGAUAAUAAUAAUAAUGAUCAACAACGACAACAACAAUCGUCUACAACAAUUAAAAAUUCAACAGAUGAUCAGUUAUCAUUUCCAUCUCUAAAAACUGUUCAAUCUAAACUUUAUUAUGCUGGUCAUACUGGAUUAUAUAAUUUGGGUAAUACAUGUUAUGUUAAUUGUGUACUUCAAUUACUUAGUCAUGUACCACAAUUUUGUGACGCAAUUUGUUCAAUGAGUUUUGAAAGUCUUGGUUUAGAACAACCAUCUGAUGUGCCAAUGGUUGCUUCAUCACAUAAUCCAACACGUUUAAAAGGUGGUGGUCGUGGUUUACUUAAAGCACUUGAAUCUCAACCACGCCGAGUACCAUGUUAUCUUGCAUAUGAAUUACAUGGAACAUUUAAUAUAAUUUGGUCGGGUAAAUGUAUGGUUUAUUCACCAUUAAAUAUGAUUGCUGCUGUUCGACGUUUAUUACCUAGUUUUGAACCAUGUGCAAUGGAAGAUGCACAAGAAUUUCUUGAAGCACUAUUAGCUGCUGUUACAGAUGAAAUAAAAACGAACAAUUUAGCGGAUACAAAUAUAAUUAAUGAUCUAUUAGGUUUCUCUUCGGAAAGUCAGAUAUUAUGUGAACAAUGUCAUCGUUUAUCAGUCACAAAAACAGAUGAAACAUUUAUCACAUUAACAUUCUCAGAAAAAAUGCUUUGUGAUGUAAGGGGAUCUAGUCGUCGGCGUUCAUGCCAUCUUACAGAAAUGCUUGCUCAUUUUUAUCAAUGGGAAGCUUUAUCCACACCAUUUCAUUGUUCAAAUUGUACUGUUCGAAGUCCAUCAAAAGAAGGUACAAAAGCACAAAAACGUUUACUAAUAUCCAAACUUCCACAAGUAUUACAUGUUGUUUUACGUCGAUUCCGUUCAUUACCGCAAACACCUUUACGACGACCGACAUCUCGUCAAGCACGUCAAUUAUCACAUAAAAUAACUUUACAUGUUAACUUCGAUGAAUAUCUUGAUAUGGCACCAUAUUGUACACAAUCAACACUUAACACAUUAUCAUCGACAUGUUCAAAACAAAAUGAUAAUUCAACAAAUGAAUGUUUAUAUCGUUUACGUGGUGUUAUUGUACAUUAUGGUAAAAGUAUUAAUACGGGACAUUUCGUUGCUUUUGUUCAUAAUGAUGUUCUUGGUGAAUGGCUUCGUUGUGAUGAUCAUAUGAUUGAACAAACAACAUUUGAAUCUGUCAAAACAGCGGAUGCGUAUAUACUUGUUUAUAGUCGAUGUAUAACAAAUACAGUUUCAUCUUCUAUUCUAGCAAAUCCAUCAGUCACAUCAAUGACAUGUCAAUUAACUAAACGGAAACGAGCUAUAUCAGUUGAUAACUUAAAUGAACAGAAAGAUGAGUUAUUAAUAUCUGAAAAUACGAAUGAAAUGAAUAUAAAACAAGAUAGAUCAGAUCAAGACAAUGAUGUAACAAAACAUUUGAAACUUUUCUGUCUUAAUUUGGAUCCAUUAGCAAGUGGUCUUCGUCGUCGAGCACAUUCACUUAAUUUUGCUAUUCGUAGUAGUCAACCUUCAAUUGAUAAUACACGACAAAACACUUUAACAUUGCCUACAGCUAAACGUCGACGCAUAGAAUCGAUGAAUAAUCUUUCUCUAUCAGAAAAUAAUUCGUCGCAACAUAUAAUGUCAGGAUCGACAUUAUUAUCACAACAAGUUAUUCAAACAAGAAAUAAAACUUCAUCAACAAUAAAUAAUAAUGAUUCAUCAUUAAUUCCACAAAAAACAAAAAAACCUACAAAAAGACGUCGUCGAACUGAUCCUUAUAUGCGCAAACGACGAAUGACAAAAGCAUCCAAUAGAAAAAAUCAACAUAAAAUCGAUCUAUCGAAUCUCGUAUCUCUUCCAUCAACUGAUCAAACAAUAUCAACAGAAUCUCUUUUACCAUCUGGACGUUCACCAUUAUCAUUCACUUAUGAAAAUUCCAAUGAUUCAAAUAUACCAGCCACAAAACGUAUUGGUCGCAUACGAAUUCAACGAUGCAUCAAUGGAUCAACAACCACAAAUUCAACUGUACGUUUAAUAACAUCCGGUGAAACUAAUACUCGUUUAUCUUUACCAUCACAACCAACUAUACAAUCAUCAUCAUUUUUAACUAGUUUAAUCACUGUACGACGUUCCAAUUCGCUCAAUAAUACUACAAGCAAUCCGUCUAAUUGUUAA